AUGUCGUCGCGAAAGCCCGCUGAUGUGGCGUCAAAGGAGCGCAAUGAAUAUAUUCCAUCUUUCAUCUCAAAAAAACCGUUCUAUAUAGAUGACGAUUCCACAAACGAUUACCUAGAGCAUCAACGUCUACAGAAACAGACCACAGAGCAGUCGAAAUGGUAUGAGCGCGGAAAGCGUGCCGGUCCAGCUGCGACAAAGUAUCGGAAAGGCGCGUGUGAGAACUGUGGCGCGAUGACUCACAAAACAAAGGAAUGCCUUAGUCGGCCUCGGAAGCAGGGUGCGAAGUGGACUGGCAAAGAUAUUCAGGCCGACGAGGUGGUGCAGAACAUUGAUAUGGGAUGGGAUGCCAAAAGAGAUCGAUGGAACGGAUACGAUGCCAGCGAAUAUCGCCAAGUGGUAGAAGAGUACGAAGAGCUAGAAAAGCUCAAACGAGUAACCGGACAAAAAAAGAUUACAGAUGGUGAAGAUGAGGAAGGAGGUGCGGAAGAAGAGGCACGGUAUGCGGAAGAAUCUGAUAUGGGAAGACAGCAAAGCACGGCUACUCGCAAUCUACGUAUUCGAGAAGACACUGCGAAAUAUUUGCUAAACCUCGAUCUUGACUCGGCCAAGUAUGAUCCCAAGACACGACGGAUGGUGGAUAUGGGCGCUCAAGAAGAUCAAGCUGCAGCACUUGUUGCUGAGGAAAAUUUCGUUCGCGCUUCUGGCGAUGCGGCCGAGUUUGAGAAAGCUCAAAAAUAUGCUUGGGAAGCUCAGGAAAGCGGACAGAAGAUUCAUUUGCAAGCAAAUCCAACGUCUGGAGAAAUCUUACGGAAGAAAGAACAGGCAGAUACUGAAGCUAAACGUCAGGCCCAGCGUAAAGCGCUUCUGGAGAAAUAUGGCGAUGAGCAACCUGAAGCUGAAACCGAAGAUGCAGCAGGACAUUUGAACCAAGAGCAGGACAUUGACGAUAGGAGAGCAGAUGAUUCCGGCACCAAGUCAAAAAAGAGGACGUUGAUGGAGGUGCAAUCUGGUAUUACCGAGGAGGAGUUGGAGUCGUAUAAAAAAACCCGUCUCGCCGCAGAUGAUCCUAUGGCUAAGUUCAUAGGGAACGACAUCCUUGAACAGUAA